AUGGCGGCCUCCAAGUGCACGCGUCUUGGCGGAGAGCUCAGUCGCCGUUUCGUGGCGUCGGUGGAUACGGUGCUUUUCGACUGCGAUGGCGUCCUGUGGCGGGGUGACGAGGCCGUCCCCGGGGCCCCGGAGCUGGUUAACGAGUUGAAGCUUCGAGGGAAGCGGGUGUUUUACCUGACCAAUAACAGCACCAAGACCCGGGCCAUGUACGCCGAGAAGCUGGGCCGGCUGGGGUUCGGGGCUGAGCCCAGCGAGGUGUUCGGUACCGCUUACUGCACGGCUGUGUAUCUGAGGGACAUGGCCCGGCUGGCAGGGAAGGUGUACCUGAUAGGGGGCCAGGCUCUGAGCCAGGAGCUGGGGGCAGCUGGCAUCCCUCACCUGGGGCAGGGGCCAGACCCACUCACAGGGGGCUUCAGUGACUGGGCCCGGGUGGACAGGGACCCCCAGGUCAAAGCUGUAGUGGUUGGCUUUGAUGAACACUUCAACUACAUGAAGCUCAACCGGGCUCUUCAGUAUCUACAGGACCCCUCCUGCCUCUUCAUUGCCACCAACACUGACACCAGGCUGCCCUUAGAGGGGGGCAGGGCUGUCCCAGGUACCUGAAUGACAAAACUUUCCAGAAGACCAUUAUGGUGGGUGGGGGAGGUUAGACUGGAAAAGUACUGAGAUUAGAUUGGGGGGGGGGGAUUGUAUGCAUUUAAAUAAUUAUUAAAAGGCACACACACCCCAAGACCUGUGAGAAUGGAGGAAGCAGAGGAUUGGGAAAGCAACAUUGCUGAAGAUUUGGAAAGUCAUUGCUGAAUCUCUAUGAUGACAUCUAGUAGGGGAAGUGUUGCUCUUCCUGUGGUCCCAUACCUGCAACAAUGAAAUUGUACCCGUUAUGACUUCUUUAGUUAUUUUUAUUUAUAUAGAUGAAUGCCUAGAAUUUUUAAAAAUUAAUGUAAAACUUCAAUGCAAAAUAGCCAAACUCAAAACCUAACUGUUGGGAUAUUUUUUUUUUUUUUUACAAUUUGGCUACAAUAAACCGUUUUAGAUAGGCUUGACUUAUUACUUGGGGUCUCCUGUAUGCCGCUCUGCAAGGCAGAGCAUGAAGCUCUCAUUCUGUGUAUAGAGUAGACAUUACUCCUUCUUUUGUCUUCGUAUUAAUAGGAAAAACAAGAAUCUUUGGCAUAAUUAUUAAAUAAGUGUCUUGUUACUAAGCCUUUUUUAUAUUGUGUUCACAGGUACAGGUUGUCUAGUGAGGGCAGUGGAGACUGCAGCCCACAGAAAAGCCCAAGUCAUUGGUAAGCCCAAUUCCUUCAUUUAUGACUGUGUGGUUAAGGAAUGCGGAUUAGAGCCUUCUAGGACCGUGAUGGUGGGAGAUCGUCUAGACACCGACAUCCUGAUGGGUUCAUCUUGUGGAAUCCGCACCCUCCUGACCCUCACUGGGUUCUCUAGCCUGGAAGAUGCAAAAUCAUACCAGAAAAGUGGGUCUGACUCCAUGGUUCCUGAUUAUUAUGUGGACUCUGUUGCUGAUUUGCUUCCAGCUCUAUCUGAGCAGGAUCAAUAA